AUGGACAGAUCGUUUCCUGGCAAGAAAUACUGUAUCCUGGGCCUCGGACAUCCGCUACAGGACAUUCAAGCAAACGUGAAUGAAAAACUCCUCAAAAGGUAUGGUCUCCGAGCUAAUGGCGCCAAACUCUCAGGACCUGGUCAGAAGGGUCUCCAUGAAGACCUUCUUGCCAAUUUUGAUCUCACCUAUGUAGCCGGCGGAUCUGCACAGAACACCAUGCGAAUGAUUCAGUGGCUCCUCCAGGACCCAAAAAUGAUCAGUUGCUCCUAUCUGGGCUGUGUAGGGAACGACAAGUCUGGUGAACUUCUGCUCCAGAUCAUGGAAGCGACUGGAGUGCAGACGGUGUAUGAGGUGUCGGAUACACUCCCU